AUGGGAGGAACCUUUUCCUGCUGCCAGCCUGAGAUCGCGGUCAAUCGGCACAUUGUGCGACCCAUACGCCAGAUCGGCGAGGGAGCCUACUCGCAAGUCUAUGAGGUGAUGGAGUCGGAUACUGGCGAUCGAUACGCCCUCAAGACCAUGCUCUGCCAGUCGCCAGCUCUACUCGAGAGGGCCAAGCUGGAGAUCGAGGUGCUCACGUCGUGCGCGCACCCCAACGUCGUGUCGCUGGUGGACCACGCCCAGAGCACCUCGACCACCGCCGCCGCGAGCGAUCAGAUCCUCUUCCUCUUCCCACUCUACCGGCGCGGCACACUGCGAGCGGUGCUGGAGGAAAUGGAGGCGCGCAAUCAGCGAUGGAGCGAGCGACAAGUGCUGGAGCUGUUCCUGGGCCUGUGCAAGGGUUUGGCCGUUCUCCACUCGCACAGCCCGCCGCUCGUGCACCGCGACCUCAAGUGUUUGAACGUGUUGCUCUCCGACGAUGGCAGGCAGGCCAUUUUGAUGGACUUUGGUUCGGUCGCCAAGGCACGGCGCGCCAUCAGGUCGCACGCGGACGCGGUUAAGCUGGAAGAAGAGGCCGAUAAGUCGUGUAGCCCAAUGUAUCGGCCGCCCGAACUGUACGACCCGCCCUUCAACGCGGACAUCGACGAGAGAACGGACAUCUGGUCGCUGGGGUGCACGCUGUACGAGAUGGCGUACGGCAAGAACCCGUUCGAAGAGGCCUACACGCACCAGGGGGCGUCGAUCAAGCUGUCCGCCAUGUCUGGCCGCAUCGAUUUUCCUCGUGACGGGCACCACUCGGAAGAAUUGCAGUCGCUCGUGCGACGCCUCAUGCACAAGAACAUGGACGAGCGACCCUACAUCGACGAAGUCAUCCACAGCGUCGAGCGCAUGCUCUCAGCCUGA